AUGCCUCUGUACCAUGAGUGCUUUCAGCUGCACUGCCCCCAGGCUCUGGAACUCCCUACCUCCACACAUCCGACAGCGGGCAUCCUCUUUGACAUAGAUGGCGUCCUGCUUCGCGGUGGCUCGUUGAUUCCAGCGGCUCAACGAGCUUUCCGGAAGCUUGUGGACCAAAACAACAACUUCCUGUUUCCCAUUGUCUUCGUCACCAACGCAGGAAGCUGUCAGAGACAUGACAAGGCCCAGCAGCUGUCUCACCUGCUGGACAUCCAGGUUGCCCCAGAGCAGGUGGUUCUUUCCCACAGUCCUUUGCAGAUGAUGAAGAGUUUUCAUGAUAAAUGUGUCCUGGUGUCUGGACAGGGACCAGUGACGGACAUCGCCAACACUCUGGGUUUUCAGAAGGUGGUGAGUGUGGAGCAGCUCAGAGAACACCACCCUCUGCUGGACAGGAUGGAGCACAACAGGAGCCCAUCACUUCCUGCGUGUCCUCUUCCAACUCUCCCCCGGAUACAAGCUAUCAUCCUGUUCGGAGAGCCAAUCAGAUGGGAGACCAACCUGCAGCUGCUGAUCGACGUGCUGCUGACCAAUGGAAGACCAGGCUGCAUGUAUGAAGCUCAGGUGCCAUCCCAGCUGCCGGUGCUCGCCUGUAACAUGGACCUGAUGUGGAUGGCCGAGGCGCCAUCACCACGGUUUGGUCACGGGAUGUUCCUGCUGUGUCUGGAGUCAGCCUACAGGAAGCUGACGGGCCAUGAGCUGCAGUACAAGGCGCUGCUUGGAAAACCCGCCCUGCUGACAUACCAGUACGCCGCUCGUCUGCUGAGACUGCAGAACCACCACCACCAGCUGACCACCAUCUACGCCAUUGGCGACAACCUGAUGACAGAUAUCUACGGUGCUAACCUGUUCAACCGCUACCUGGCUCAGCAGCAUGCUGCUAUGACAACUACCACCAAGCUUGUUGCCAAGGGAAUGGGGAGUCAGGUGGCAAUGGUGAUGGCGGAGGAGGAGGUGGCGUGUCCAGCUGCUCAGUGUCGAACCAUUCUGGUGUGUACAGGUGUCUAUAACCCUCACUCUCCGUUACCUAGCGUCACAGAGACGAUCUUCCACGGUCACAGAGAUCUAGUGCUGGAGCCUGACCUGGUGGAGCCGCAUCACAUCGUGGAGGACGUGGAGGCUGCCGUCGACCUGCUGCUGCAGCAGGAGAACUCUCCUACCUGACCUCUUACACCACAUGACACCACCUGACCUCUGACA